GUGGAGAGGCGUAAAUCGGGAGAAGCCGCUUGAUAGAAGAGUGAGAAAUCCGCGCAUUUUGAAAAAGGGGCUGGGGCUCGAUUCGGCUGGAGCCUGAGGAGUUCUAGGGGAAGAGAGUUUCUAAAAUGCCCCGUCAAGGCCGUAAAACUACAAAAUCCACUUCUACUCUCCCACUACGCACACCAGCCAAGGACUCUUCAUGUCAACCGCUUAGUGCAACUUUCUCAGUGGACUACAAUACUCUGAAGAGGGCCCAGCUGCAACUCCAGUGUAAGAAGCUGGGCCUUCGUGCCACAGGAAAGAAUACUGAACUUGUAGAAAGGCUAAAAGCUCAUCAUGGAGAAUCUUCACUGAAAAUGGCUUGCAAUAAAGAAGAAACAAACAAGUCAGAAGAGAGUUCUCACAAUUUUGGGACUCCUGUGAUGGCCCCUCCUCUAGAUCUGGCCAAGGAUAUAAAAACAGAAACCUCUGAAGAGAAAACAGAUAUGGUCCGUGGUUGGUGCGUGGUCCAUGGAAUGGUGUUGUACCGUCCAGCAUCCAGCUGGGUUCCUCUAUUGCUCCGCGGAGGCUUGGUGUGUGUCCAGGAUGGAGAAAAUCUGGUCCCUUUUCACCUUCCUCCAUUGAAUAUUUCUGUCCCUGAGGGAUUGUUGGACAACUAUGUCUGCAAGGACUGUGUGCUCAGGAACCAAGAGAAACCAAAGAAAUGUACCUUGUGCCAACAAAUCCAAGGGAAAGGUAGUACAGCUUAUUUAUCCCAGAAUUUUUUCAAGAACCUUUCCCCUUUGGUGAAAAGCACCUCUUCUUCUUCACUUCUUGCAGCUGGUGGUUCUAAAGAAAAAAGAAGAACUGUAGAGAUUAAAAAACUAUACCAGCCCCAAGAGGACCAGGCCUACGCCCAGCGGGUGGAUGGGAUCCUUUCCCAAAUGGCCAGGGGAGAACUUGGUAUGGAUCGAGCUUUGCGUCCUCUCCAGCCCCUGGUUGUCCAUUCUCCAGCUCCAUAUGGAAGAUGAGAUGUUUGAAAAUAAAUUGUUCUCAUAAGCAGAGAAGCAGAAGAUCCAGGAAGUUCAUGUGUUUAAGUACUUGUACAUAUAUCUAUGGGUGUUCAUUAGGUUUUUAUUCGCUCUAUUGUAAUAAAGAUUGCUUGUAAACA